CGUAUCAAUAUGUCUGGACGUGGUAAAGGAGGAAAGGGACUCGGAAAGGGAGGCGCUAAGCGUCAUCGCAAGGUCUUGCGUGAUAACAUCCAAGGAAUCACCAAGCCAGCCAUCCGUCGUCUUGCCCGCCGUGGUGGUGUCAAGCGUAUCAGCGGACUCAUCUACGAGGAGACCCGUGGUGUCCUCAAAGUUUUCCUUGAGAAUGUCAUCCGUGAUGCCGUCACCUACUGCGAGCAUGCCAAGAGGAAGACCGUCACCGCCAUGGACGUCGUCUACGCCUUGAAGAGGCAGGGACGUACCCUCUACGGAUUCGGAGGUUAAGAAGUAUUUUUCUUCUAACCAAACAACCAAACCGGCUCUUUUCAGAGCCACCAAAUAUCCAAGAAAGAAAAAAUUAGUUUAAUCUCAAAUAGAAAAGGGGUACAAAUAGCAGGAAUGAUAAAAAAAAAAUCGGUGAAGCAUAGACAUAGUGAUAUAGCUCUAUGGGUGAAGGGUUGAGGGAAAAUCUAUCAAAGGUUAAAUGAGAAGUUUUUUAUUUGGGAGUUAUUCAACCUUAUCAGCCACAAACCCGAACUAAAAAAAUUAUGUACACUACAAUCUACCAGUCUUCCUUUUUCCAAAAUACCCUAGUGUGAACGAC